UUUAGAGAGUGCAGUGCGUAUUGCAGUAAUUCAUUUAGUUUCGAGAUUAUAGUUUCAACAUUGAAUUGUCAUGGCUGAAGCUGAAGUACUUGUGAUAGACAAUGAACUGUUAAUUCAUUUGGUUCAAGAAAGGCCGGUUCUGUGGGAUAAGACAAUAGAUACAUUUAAAGACAGGAAUGCGACAAGGAGUGCAUGGCGAGAAGUGUGUCUUCAAUUCAGAAACGAUUUUGACGAAUUAGAGGACAACAAAAAGAAUGCAGUUUGUAAGGAGAUCAUGAAAAGGUGGAAACAUCUACGCGAUGCCUUUGCAAAAUCUGAAAAGAAAGAUAAAGAAUCAAAAAAGAGUGGUUCGCAAGCUUCGAAAAAACGAAAAUAUAUUUUCAAUGACGAACUUCAGUUUUUAAGGAAAAUAUACCAAGAUAGAAAUACUGAUGAAAGUUACAACAAUGAAGAUGGAGAAAAUAAAGAUGACGAUGACAUCAGCCUAGAAGAGCAAGAAGACAGUGUCCAAUCAGUAACUUCAAAAGUGACACCAGUUGUCUCAACUUCUGCAACUGGAAUCAAGGAAACAAUGCAAGUAAAAACUCCUCGAAGACAACACAAGAAAAUGGAUGAAGUGGAUUUAAAAAUUAUUAAAGCCAUAGAGAAAAGUGAACAAGAAGAAAAAAAAGACAGUAAAUUGUCAUUUUUCGAAAGUUUGUUGCCUCACUUAAACAAGUUUAAUGAUAAUGAGUGGCUGCAAUGCCAAGUGGAAAUUUUACAAGUAAUAUCAAAAAUGAACAAUAGAUACCUUCAAGCUCCUCCGCCUCCACCAGCUCCUCCAGCUCCUCGACAUCAUGAGUUACACAACCCACCGGCGUCACAAUUUCAAGUAAUUGCCCAACCACAAAAUUUUAACUUUCCACAACAACCUUACUAUGGGCAGAUGCAUCAUCAAGCAUACUCAAGUAAUAUGCAUUCACAAGUGAGUCCUACUCCUGGAGCUCAGCUUGUCCAGCCUGUUCAAGUGCCACAAGUGCCUAAAGGAGCACAGCCCAAAAGUACUGCAGUCACAAGCCAAAGGUCUCUCCCACAAGUAUCAAAGCCGAAAAGUCCUGUAACUCUGCAUUACGAAAGUUUUUCGCAAUUUUUCGACGAUGAUGAUGGUGAACUGUCUCGUGCUUCAAGUUCUACGAUUGAUUUUACUGAAUUACCCUGAACUUUAACAACAUUUUGUAUUCAGUUCCAGUUAAAUAU